UUGCAGAGAGAUGCCAAGGGCCAGUACUUGUUUGACCUUCUCUGCCACCACCUGAACCUGCUGGAGAAGGACUACUUUGGCAUUCGCUUCGUGGACCCUGACAAGCAAAGGCACUGGCUGGAGUUCACCAAGUCGGUCGUGAAGCAGAUGAGGGCCCAGCCUCCCUUCACCAUGUGCUUCCGAGUGAAGUUCUAUCCCACGGACCCCGCUGCUCUGAAGGAGGAGAUCACCAGGUAUUUAGUCUUCCUGCAGAUCAAAAGGGAUCUCUACCAUGGCCGGCUCCUCUGCAAGACGUCGGAUGCUGCUUUGUUGGCCGCCUAUAUCCUUCAGGCUGAGAUCGGGGACUAUGACCCGGGCAAGCACCCUGAAGGUUACAGCUCCAAGUUCCAGUUCUUCCCCAAGCACUCGGAGAAGCUGGAGAGGAAGAUUGCAGAGAUCCACAAGUCGGAGCUGAGUGGGCAGACACCAGCUACUUCAGAGCUGAAUUUCCUCAGGAAAGCCCAGACUCUGGAGACCUAUGGGGUUGACCCACACCCUUGCAAGGACGUGUCGGGGAACGCGGCGUUUCUGGCCUUCACUCCCUUCGGGUUUGUGGUUCUGCAGGGAAACAAGAGAGUUCACUUCAUCAAAUGGAACGAGGUGACCAAAAUGAAAUUUGAAGGGAAGACUUUCUACCUAUACGUGAGUCAGAAAGAGGAAAAGAAAAUUGUUCUCACGUACUUUGCCCCGACGCCAGAAGCCUGCAAACACCUCUGGAAGUGUGGGAUUGAGAACCAGGCCUUCUACAAGCUGGAGAAGUCGAGCCAGGUCCGGACGGUGUCCAGCAGCAACUUGUUCUUCAAGGGCAGCCGGUUCCGAUACAGCGGCCGCGUGGCAAAGGAGGUGAUGGAGUCCAGCGCCAAGAUCAAGAGGGACCCCCCCGAGAUUCACCGGUAAGAGGGUGUG